AUGACAUCCACAGCUACGGAGGUAACGCAAGUUCAGAGUCUUGCCGCCAUACGAAAUUUUAUUCGUGUGGCUGUUUCUUGCGUUACGUACCUUCGGGGUUUGUGCAACGACGAGUCGUACCAGCCACGACAAUUUCUCGGUCUGCAGCUCAAACAGUUGGUGCGAUCAUCGCCUGAAGCCGACGUCAUAUCACAGUGGAUGGAAGAUGGGGCAUUUGAUGCCCUCAACAAGGGGUAUUUGAAGGCGCUUUCCCUCUGCAUAUAUGCCCCAAAUUUCACGGAGCUGCUUGAAAGCUACAGCUUCACCGUGUCGUACUCUCCAGACGGUCAGCGGGCUUCAUUGAGGUUUGCAGGCAACUCUCAGGGCGACGGGAAAAUGUGUUCGCUCACAGCUGCAACAACAGCCACGGCAAGAACUCGAAGAAAACGGCACACACGUCAGGAGGUUCAGCAGGCGCUUGCAGGUAUUAUCACAAAACUCGUUGAGGUGGUGGAGGGAUUACCGCCGCUCCUUUGUGAGCGUGUCUUGGCGAUGCAGCUGACGUAUUAUGAAGAUGUAACGCCACCGACGUACGAGCCGCCUUGUUUUUCCCCUGCGAGUGCCCACCUCGUUGGUCUUCAUCAACAGGAGACGAAGCAGAGUGCCAACAUUGCGUCGCUUGAUACGGGCCAUCACAUGAUGUCUAUCACCAUUCGGCACCGCUUUUUUGACCGGUUGUUGUCACAUUCGUCCAUGUUGGCUGGAAACUCCACCAUGACAACAUCAACGGUAGACACGACAUUUUCCGACACGGAGGGGGAGGCGGCACUCAAACAGGUUCAGGAUGUAAAUGCAGCGCGUAAACAGACGUAUUCAGUCAAGGAUUCGUCACGGGAUUGCCCUGAGGAUCAAACGACCAACUCCUUCUCGUCUUCAAAGGAACUUGCCUUUCUUGUGUUUACGUGUUUUGUGUUGACAAAGUCACCUGCCGUUUAUCGGGGACGAGUAUCCAUGGGGGAAAUUGCGGAUUAUCUUCGCGUCUCAUGCCCACUCGAGAUCACACUGGAGAUGGCCCAACAAAUGAUGUGCCGACUGGAGCUGGAGGGUGUUGUCUCGGCGGCGGCGCAGCAGGAGUGGGUUGUGCAUCCACUUCCUGCUGCAACAAUUGCGAGUUCACUCCUCACCCAGCGGCAGGUGGUGUUGCUACUCAGCACACAGAUUCAUCGAGACUUGGAACGUCUCGUCAAAGGAGGAGAUACGACGCGAAUGAGCGUCGUUGCGAGGCGUAAGCGUCAUCGAGACAAAGACUGA